UGGGAGGACAUGGACGGAGAGGAGGAGGGCAGCGGCGGCAGCCGGGCCUCGGCGGCGGGGCAAGAGUGGGGCGCCCGUGGCAACUGGAUGGUGACUCACCCCAAGUUUACAGAGAUGAUGUCGAUGGAUGUAGCAGACAGCACUCAAGUCUAUGCUGCCUUCUUGGUUUACUUGGACCUCUUAGAAGGAAGAAACUGGCCAGAGGUGACAUGCAUUGGAUUAGCAGAGUUACAGCUAGUAUGUCUCCAGGGACGCGAGAGAGAAACUGAGAGCUUCCAAGUGGUGGUGCCCACACCUGUCCACAUGUCAUUCAGCCAUGAGAGGAUAAGAGAGAUCAUGAAGAAAACAUGUGUUCAGCUAGAUAAACCAGAUUCACCACUGUCUGUCAUCCUGGCCAUAGUUGAAUCAGAUUCCACAAUAGUGUAUUAUAAACUGACUGAUGGUUUCAUAAUGCCAGGCCCUCCUGAUGAUACUGAAGACAAGGACAGUAAACAGUGGAGAAAGAAAAGAAAGAAGUUUUUCAGAUGAUUAAGGCAGAAAUGAACUUUCUUGGACCAUUAUUUUCCAAUCUAAACAAAUAUAAGUUUCUGAACAUGUAAAUGAGAGAGCACUAUUGAAUUCACCAUCUGCAUUACAAAUCGUCACUUGCUGAGGAGAGAAGUAAGGUUUCUGCAGCAUAUGCUGUUAUAAAAUGGUAUUUAAAAUGUUUCAGGAGCUAGCAUUUUAAAGAGGACAGUGUAUUCUUCUCAAAUAACCUUUUUUGGGAGAAGCCAAAGUUUCCAAACAUUGUUUCCUCAUAUAUAUUUGCUUGCAGUAACGUAAAAAGUAGAUACGGCAAAAUCUACAGUGUAAGUUUUAAAGAUAAAUCUUGAACCAAAAAAAAGUAACCUGUUUAGAGUGAACAGAUACUUUAAAAACAAAAUACUCAGCUAUGUAUCCAUUUGUCUUUAAGUUACCAAGAACUUUUAAUUAUAUUGGACCUCUUAUUUUUACACUGCUCAACUUCUUAGGUCCUUGCUAUGGUAUCUGGAGCAAAACAGAACUAAAGACAAGUGUAACUAUUAAAGAAA